CAAAUGCCUGACAUUGAGGAAGAGGAGAAAUGUGACAUUGGUCUCCCAUCUUCCAAAUGUGUUGGGUAGGCUCCAACCUAACCCUCACCCCUGCUCAUUUGAAACAUUCCUCAUCCAUAGGCCUCGGUAGGAAGGAGCCAGCUGAAAGCCCAGGUUCCCAAGGAACACUGCAUCUCCUUCUCAUCACCUGCUGGUGUAGGAAUUCCGGGCACCAAAGCCUCGGAUUUGACCUUCCUGCCCAGUGGUUUAGCCUGGAGAGAAGGGUCUUCAUGCUCAGAGGCAAGAGCCUCGGACAGAUGUCCUUCCUCCCACGGGGCUCCAGAACACUGAGAAGCCAAGCUUGCUGCCAGUGCCAGCCCUUCCUUAAAACCCAGCUGUGCCCCUUGGCUUCCCCUGUCUCCCCAUGCCAGCAUCCUUCCAGGAAUCAGCCGGGCUCCCUCCCUGCCCUCAGAAGGCAAGUUUCCUUAUCGCCGGCCAGGCACAAAUCCACAGAGUGGGCAAACACAGCAGAACUGAUGCAACAGCCUGGGAAGGGGAAGCUGCAGGUGUGUUUGUGCUGGGAGGAGCGGCGGCCCUCCGCCUCCCAUGCACCUCCGCUGCCUCUGCCAGAGGUAUAAAGACGGGCGCUCCACCACCUGCUCCAUCACUUCCACCACCAUGAACGCACUUCUGAUCCUCGCCUUUGUGGGCGCCGCUGUUGCUGUCCCCAUUGAUGACGAUGACAAGAUCGUCGGGGGCUACACCUGCGAGGAGAAUUCUGUCCCCUACCAGGUGUCCCUGAACUCCGGCUACCACUUCUGUGGAGGCUCCCUCAUCAGCAGCCAGUGGGUGGUGUCCGCGGCUCACUGCUACAAGUCCCGCAUCCAAGUGAGGCUGGGAGAGUACAACAUUGAAGUCCUGGAGGGGAACGAACAGUUCAUCAACUCGGCCAAGGUCAUCCGCCACCCCCAAUACAGUUCCUGGACCCUGGACAAUGACAUCAUGCUGAUCAAGCUGUCCUCGGCCGCCGUCAUCAACUCCCGGGUGUCCACCAUCUCCCUGCCCAGCGCCUGUGCUGCCGCGGGCACCGAGUGCCUCAUCUCGGGCUGGGGCAACACCCUGAGCUCCGGCUCCAACUACCCGGACCUGCUGCAGUGCCUGGACGCACCCCUGCUGAGCGAGGCCGAGUGUGAGGCCUCCUACCCCGGGGAGAUCACCAGCAACAUGAUCUGCGCCGGCUUCCUGGAGGGCGGCAAGGAUUCCUGCCAGGGUGACUCUGGUGGCCCUGUGGUCUGCAACGGACAGCUCCAGGGAAUCGUCUCCUGGGGCUACGGCUGUGCCCAGAAGGACAGGCCUGGAGUCUACACCAAGGUGUGCAACUACGUGGACUGGAUUCAGGAUACCAUAGCUGCCAACAGCUAAAGCUCCCCAGUCCCUCCCUGGUCACGGUACCAAUAAAGACGUGACUUUGCGCUCAC